UUUUAGGGUUUAUGUAAGUGACAUAAGUGGAAUUCGUGAUAUCCUUUGAUUACUGAAAUUGCUUUUGUGUUCAUUAGUAGGAUUUUAAGUCAAAAUGGGGAUUGUUGAUAAGCCGGCUUUCAGAAUUUAUAGAGGACAGAGGAAGUACGACGAUGAGCUACCUCUAACCAAGAACACUCCCAACCUCGGUUUUCAUCGUCCAAUUGAUGAUCCCGCACCUUACAUUGUUGUCGUGCAGGGACCUCACAAUGUUGGAAAGUCCCUGUUGAUUGAAUCUCUAGUACAUAAUAGAUUUCCUAAGGGUCAUCCAGUUGUUCAAGGAGGCCACUACCCAAUCCUCCCCUUCACAACCGCAUCAGGUAAAGAAAUUCGGCUACAGUUUGUGGGGUGUCCGAAUGAUAUUAAUGGCAUGAUUGAUGCUGCAAAGUAAGCUGAUGUAGUGAUAUUAAUGGUUGAUGUGAGUUAUGGGUUUGAAAUGGAAACAUUUGAGUUCCGGAACCUUUUACAAGUUCACGGCUUUCCAAAGGUUAUUGGGGUUCUUACACAUCUUGAUAAGGUCAGUUUAGAUGAAAUAUCGGAAGCCAAACAGCUCGAGGAUCAUUUCUGGACUGAAAUAUGUGAAGCCGCAAAACUAUUCUCCUUACCUGGUCUCGAAGAUGGCUUGUAAAAACUGCCUAAAAUUGAUGAUCUGGGAGAAACGCUUUCAGAUGCUCAAUUCCUUCCUUUGUCAUGGCGGGCCAAACAUCCUUAUAUGCUGGUUGAUUCUUUUGAAGAUGUUACUCCAGAAACAGUGCAUGGUGAUAAACAAUCCAAUAGAAUCUUAGGUCUGUACGGUUAUCUCAGAGGUGGUAGAAUCAAGAAAGGAACUAAGAAACGAAUUAAGGUGUAUUGCGCCAGGUGCAUAUUGCUGGUGCUGGGAUUUCUCUUUAGCUGGCGUUACAGAGUCAUAUGAUUUUUGCGCUGUUGAUUCUUUUGGGAACUUCGAUCUUCUUGUUGAACAAAGCACGGGGACUUAUUGAAGGUUGGAUGUUCCUGACGUUCCUCCCGAGAUAGUUGAAAAAUUUGAUCCCCAUCAUCCUAUUCUCGUGGGAGGUAUCCUUCCAGAAGAGGAAAAUUCUGGGUAUAUGCAGGUGAAACUUAAGCGGCAUAGUUGGCAUAUGGAUUUGUUGAUGACUGGUGCUCCAAUCACUGUUUUGGCUGGUUGGAGGCGUUAUCAGACAACUGCUAUUUAUGCCAUGGAAAAUGAAAAUGGACAGCAUCAACUUCUCAGUUACACUCCAGAACACAAGGAGUGUCUUGCGGUGUUUUGGGGUCCUCUAGCACCUCCCAAGACCAGAAUGUUGCUGUAAUGAAUAAUCAUAAUUGUUUAAAAAAUAAGUUCGAUAUAUUUCAGUAGAACUUGAAUAAUUUUCAUUGUUCUAUCCUAUAUAUUUUCGUAAUUCAAGGAUGCAAUCUGAAGCUGCUACUGCUUAACCAAUUGUUGAUUUUUUCAUAUCUUGAACUUUGUUUGCUGAGUGAUUUGCGUUUGAAUCAGGAAGCAUUUCAAAUUAUGGCCAAGGGUGUCGUUCUUGAUUUUAAUCUUGACGCACAGAUAUUGCUGAAAGUAGAAAAGAUAGGAACUCUUGUUGACACUGGUAGGAAGACUGCUCGUAUCAAGUUUGCACCAAAACUUAAAAUUGAUGGGUUUAAGUUUAUAGGUGCACCAAUUCAGACUAAGAGCGGAGUUCGGGGGAAGAUUGACAAGGUUGCAAGAGAUGGGUUAGUUGAAUGCACAUGUAAGGACAAUGUUCACAUGGGCGACACUUUCCUCUUUCCUGUUUCGGCCACACUCGUGCUUCCUGUACUCUUCAAACAGUUAAAUUUGCUCUUCAAACCCUUAGAGAUAGGCAUCGACGGCAGCGUCGAAGCCACCAUCUCCACUGUCGAUGCCGCCGCCGCCGUCAAGGACGAGCUUGCUGUUUCAUACAAAGAGGUUGCUCCGAGAUGGCAGAAGCUUGAUCUGCGACGUGGUGUGGUAACUGUAGUUAUCCAUGAGGGGAGACCUUCACUUGUUACUUUACCGAACCCACUAGAGUCAGCUUAUUCAUCAGUGGAGUUGAAGCCAAUCAAGAGGAGAAAAUUUAGUGUUUGUGAGGUCCGGGAGAUAUUUGGAGAGGAAGUCAAGAAAGUCCAGAUAUCAGAAGAGGUCAAGGAAAAACACAACUUGGAUCGACCAGGAGAGGAAGCAAUGGUGAUCAACGAUGAUGAAGAGUUGCUGUCCAAGGACAGGGCAUUCGAGUUAUUUACGGUGGUAAGACAGUACUGGUAAGACACUGAGCUGGUAAGAGAGGAGACCUUUGUGAAUGCAGUUGUUUAUGACAAGCUAGCUAGUAAUAUAAUACUCCCUCCAUCCCAAAUUAAUUGAGCUAAUUGGUUUUAAAUUUUGUCCCACAAAUAAGUGAACUAUCUCACUAAUCAAGGGGAUAUUUCUAAAAGUACCCUUUUAAUUAAUUAUUGUUAUUAUAAGAAAUAUGUAUAAUUUGAUAGUCAUGUUUAUAUUCGUUAUAUAGGUGUUUUAAAAUGUUUUUGGAUGGUAUAAAAUUUACGAACAUCCG